AUGAGCCUGUCUACGCUGGCAUCCCUCGGCAUGGCCGUCGGUGCGCCUCUCGUCUAUGCCGACCAGGCCUACUCGAUAUACAGAAAGCAGGACGCAACCGGCUUCAGCCACGACGUGUGCGCCGUCCUGCUCAUCGCCAACAUCACCCGGUGCUUCUUCUGGCUCGGAGAGCACUUUGAGUUCGCGCUCUUGCUGCAGAGCAUCCUGAUGAUCGCAUCCCAGCUCGGCCUCCUCUACCUCUGCCUCCGCUUCAAGCCCAUCACCGCUUCGUCGCGCUCGCUGUCGUCUUCGGGUUCCCGCGUCAUCUUCCAGUCCCGCACCUCGGUCGACGAGGACUCGACCGACGACCCGCUCGCCUUCACCACACCCACGCCCGCGUCGAGACCGGCAGGCCAGCAGCAGUCGGCCAGCCGUAACGAAGACGGCGAUGAAGACGAAGACGACGACGGCAUCUCCUACCCGGACAAGAAACCGCUGCUGGCUUCCUUGGGGCUCGGCGGUUGGAACGUGCCGCUGCUCGGAAGGUCGACGUCCCGCUACGGCGUCGUGUCGGGCAGCAACGAGGAUGCCAUCUCGUCAGAGAACCACCGCGCGGAACCUGGACGCGAUGUCCAGGUGGAUGGUUCGGCAUCGAGCGCGUCGGGACAGGCCACCAGGAAAAGGUCGGCGGCGGGUCGCGGACGGCCACUCAACUUCUGGCAGUGGGAAGACUAUGGAUCCUACCUCCUCUUCCUUUCCCUCCUGACGAUCCUCCUGGCCAUUCUCCAGGUGGCGCUGGGCUGGAUGAAGGGCUAUGUCGCGACGCUGGGAUUCAUCGCCCUCGGCCUGGAGAGCACCCUGCCCAUCCCGCAGCUUAUCGCCAACCAGAAACGACGCUCGCUCGCCGGCUUCCGCACCUCGGUCCUCGUCGGCUGGCUCGGCGGCGAUUCCUUCAAGCUGGUCUACUUCCUUUUGCGCUCCUCGCCGCUCCAGUUCACCGUCUGCGCCCUGUUCCAGCUGAGCAUCGACGGCCUCAUCCUUCUCCAGUCGGUCGUCUUUCUCGAAAAGACCAAGCGCGACGAGGAGGAGCUCAAGCAGCGCGACGAGCUGCGCAGGGCCGCACGCGGAGACGUCGACUUUGUCGACGUCGAGUCGCUCGCGGUUCGAGGCGCCGGCGCAGGCGGUGGCGGUGGCGGUGGCGGUGGCGGGAGAGGAGCGCAGGAGGGGCACGACGAGUAUGCGGGUCAGACCGUCGAGGCCGACGACGACGACGACGACGACGACGGGCAGGCAGGAGGUGACCUCGGUAAGCUGGUCGUCAGGCCCUAG